AUGUCUCGUCCUGGCAGCCAAAGUAACAUUCUCGGACAGCUUGAUUCGGCAGACCUUAGUCGCAGCGGUCUUUCAGGUCCUGUGCUCCCCGACGGCACAUUCAGACUGCACCGCCGCCGCCUCAAUCGCUUCAGUGACGAGGAGAAUCAAGGCAUCCCUCUAAACGUCCCUCUUGCCAGCUCCGAUGCCAACGAAGCCUUUGCCUCGAUUCCUGCCGAAAUCAUCUCCAACGCGACUCUCGUCUACGUUGGUUUCGACCUUGCCACGGCCACGCUCAUUUGGAGCAAAUGGACCAACCGGGAGCAGGAUGGCGGCAUAUACCGCGAGGGCGACCCCAUCGGUGCCCACGGCGAGCAAAUGGCCUUUCUUGACUUCAUGUCUGGUGGCAUUGGAGAAAGGGGGGAUACUUGGGACACGGACAAUCAAAAGUGGAUUGAUUGUAUGAACGCCUAUGGCAUGGCUCGUGAGUUUCAAGAGGCCAUCCUUGAUCCCCAGUUCAAUGACAUUCGGCACCAACAGACCUGUGCUUCUUGGAUCAAAGAGACUAUCCAGGUUCGAUACGACGCACUUCAUGAGGUUCACAAGGCUUCCAUGCGCCGUGAGUCUGCUUUGAAGGAGACGGAAGCUGCACCUUCGGGUCACGCUUGA